AGGGAAACCAACGCCUAGCAAAGUGCUUGCUUGGCAGACCAUAAUUUAUUUUUGACAAAUGAUAUCUGCAAAAUUGUUUUCCUAACAAUAUCUUCAGUAACCAACUCAAGUGAUACCUUUGAGGUGGUACAUAUACAACUGAAACUUGUUAAAGAAGGGGGAAUAGUGUAAAUAAGGAAAACAUAAGAAAAAUUUAAAUCUUUUUUAUAUUUCCCGUUGACCUGGAAAGACCAUCAUUUCUUGCAUAAAUAUUUCUCCCUUUUCUGACUUUGUCUAGGCUUUUCUUUCCAAGAACAACCUGGGAGUUGUGAAAAAUAUGAAAAAAUAUGUUAUAAUGCUCUGUAAAUACUGCAUUGGCACACGUGGUUGGAGUCCCCCAUCUAGGUGCUCAUGUUAAUAAAUGUACAUUUUUAAUUGACUUUGUAAAAAAAAAAAAGUAGAAAGGGAAAGGAAAGCACGACAAUGGAAAAACCCAGAAAAUGAAAGUUUCUAUAUUCACUAUUUAAAAGACACUCAGCACCCAAAGUUCUCAGAACCUACUGAGACUUCCUCUUCAGGCAGUCCUGCAGAAUCCCCCCCAGCUGCCUAAUGGCCCUCUUGAUCUCUGUGCUGCUGGCCCUGGUGAUGCUGUGCUCCAGCCCUGCCUGCUCUUUGGACUGCGCCCUUCAUCCAAGCCAUCCAGAACCCUUCGUGCUGUUGAGUCAAAUGGAGAGAAUCUCCAUUCUGUCCUGUCUGAAGGAUAGGACUGACUUCAGCUUUCCUCAGAUGCUUGUGGAUGGGAGCAAGUUUGAGAAGACAGAAGCCACAGGUGUCAUGCAUGAGAUGUUCCGGCAGAUCUUCAACCUCUUCAGCCAAAGUGGCUCUUUUGUGGCUUGGGAUGAGACCCUACUAGACAAAUUCCUCGCUGGACUUCAUCAGCAGCUGGAAGACCUGGAGACAUGUUUGGAGGAGGAAAAGAAUGUGGAACAGUUACUCCUGGGAAGCGAGAACUCCAGACUGGCUGUGAAGAGAUACUUCCAUGGAAUCGGUCUCUAUCUUGAAAAGAAAAAAUACAGCCGCUGUGCCUGGGAGGUUGUCAGGGUGGAAAUCAGAAGGUGCUUGUUCUUCGUUAACGAGCUCGCAGGGAAACUCAGGAAAUAA